CAUUAGUUCCAUGAAAAUUCGGCAUUCAUUCCUUUUUCAGAUCCAGGACGUCCUGCAUUGCAUUGCAGCUGUUGUACGGGCUGUGACUAAAAAAACCAUAAAUGUCAAAAAUGGGUAAAUAAUUGGCAAGACGAGAAACUCGAUAAAAUUGGAAAAACAGCUAGAAACAUUGAUUUACUUCUUAAUUGAGUAUGGUUGCAUAACAUGCCCGUAAAAACCGGCUGUUUCUGUUUAUCUUCUCCGUAAACAUGAGUUAUUCCAAUAUAAACAUAAUUGUUAAUUCGUGUCUAAAAUUAGAUCCUGGGCUCCGGCAAAAAUUAUUAGGUAACUGGAAUAAAGACUUUUUAGCUAGCUGCCCACCGACUUACGGGCGCUCAUUUCAUUCAUGUAAACAAUUAAGACAAGCUCAAAAAGAUGCAGUUACGGUGCUACCAUCGCCUCAAGAAGUUACAGUAAUUUUACGGAAGAAUGAAUUUAACAAGGAAUUUACAUCUGGUGCAGUUAAGUCCUAUGAUUCCAACCAGCUGGCAUCAAACGAUCCCAUUGAAGAUACAAGAAGUGAAGCUCAGUGCAAGAUGACAUCAGGUCUCUUAAUGGGAAUUUUUGACGGCCAUGGUGGACCAGCUUGUGCUCAGGUGAUCUCGAAGAGGCUGUUAAACUAUGUGGCUGCUGCACUACUUCCUUUAAAUGAUCUAAAGAAAUAUAUUAGGACUGAACCAAAAGAAAAUUUGCUGGACACUUAUAAUGAUAGGGUGGAAAUUGUAGAAGAUUUGAAAAUAAUGUAUGAGAACAGUUUCAAAGAAUAUUUACAAGAAUUAUCAAAUUUACCUAGAGAGGGUGCAGACAUACGUACGUCAUUGGAGCAAAGUAUUAUGAAAUUAGAUAGUGAUAUAUCAAAAGAAGUAAUUGAACCCUUCAAAAAAUCAGGCACCAUUAACCCCAAGACACUAUCAGUGGCGCUGUCUGGAGCAGUUGCAUGUCUUUCUCAUAUUGACGGACCUCAUUUGCAUGUAGCUAAUGUUGGUGACUGCAAUGCUGUGCUAGGAACCUUGACAGAAGAUAACGAAUGGAUUGCAAAAAAAAUCACUAAAGAGCACAAUUCUGAAAACUUUGACGAACUGAAAAGAAUAUGGAAUGAGCACCCAGACAGUGAAAGAAAGACUGUGAUAAGAAGAGACCGUUUGCUCGGGGAGUUGGCCCCACUGCGCAGUUUAGGCGAUUAUCGUUACAAGUGGUCUCUGGAGACUUUGAACAACGUGGCUGUCCCACUGGUCGGCCAAAGAGCCGUACCUCCCAACUAUCACACACCGCCUUAUUUAACUGCACUGCCAGAUAUUUAUUACCAUCGACUCACAUCGAAAGAUAAGUUUAUGAUCAUUGCCUCAGAUGGGCUGUGGGAUAUGAUGACACCCUUGCAAGCGGUGAAGUUGGUGGGUGAGCAUAUGAAGGGCAAAGUGUUUUUCAAUCCGCUCAAAUUGCCGAGAAAGAAUAUACAGUUGGGGGACAUCAACGAUUUGUUGUUACACAGAAGGGAGAGUUUGAAGAGUAAGCCGAAGGAUAGGAAUGCAGCGACGCACUUGAUUCGGCACGCGAUCGGCGGGACUGAGUAUGGCGUGGACCACUCGCGCUUGGCGCACUUACUUAGCUUGGCGCCCGACGUCAGCCGUAUGUUCCGCGACGACAUCACGGUCACUGUCGUUUUCUUCGACUCAGAAUAUCUCAGGCAAUGUCCCACCUAAAUGUAUCAAUAUCCGUCUAUCAUACAAAGCAACGACUUGGGUGCAUCACUGUUUACAAUCGAAAUUGGACAGUGACGUUUUAAUUUUAAGAACACCAUCACAAGAUUGUCUGAAUCGUGUUUAUGUGUGUGUGGAUUGUUACAGUCCAUUAUAUCCAUGAAAAGGCGUAGAUUUUCAGAGAUUCUUCCAAUAUAUGCUUCCAUAAAUAUUAUCUUGAUGUUUAUAUUUCCACUGAAUGAAUAAGAAACUGGAAAGAUAUGAAAUGAGAAAAUAUUACUCACUUGCUUGGAAAGGUGCUAAUCUUCGUACAUAUAGACUUAUUAUUAAGUGCACUCCUUAUGCAUCAACCAACCACUGCAUAUAAGCUAAGUAAGUUUCACAGCCCUUUUUUUAUUGGAUUCCCGUGAGUUCAAGAGUUAUUUUUACUAUCCUAGGACCCAGGUGUUAUAGCAAAAGAAAUUCUUUUUGCAUGGCUUAGCGUUCCAUUUGUUUGCUCUGUGAAUCAACAUAAUGAAAAAAAUACUGCAAGUGGCUAUAAACUGAAAUGUAAAAACAUUAGUUUUUUAAACUACUGGCCUUUAUUUUAGUUGUGUUAUGUAGUUUAUUUCGUGUUAUUUAUUAUUUAAUACACACGAACAAUGAUAUGAUCUGCUUAAAGAUAUUGUCAGCCGUUUUAUACUAUUAUUUUGAAUAUGUUUUUUUUAAGUAAUCUUAUUUAGCGGCAUUAUUUUCUAUAUUAUUGGGGCCGUAGCUGAGCUAUGCGAAAGAAAUGUGAAAUAUGAUAUUUUCGCUUAUUUCAAUGACACCCGCAAAAAAGAACAUAUUAUUAUUAGGUAUUUAAUUUGAAAUCAUAAUU